AUGGCCAGUAAUAUCAACCAUCCGAUCACGUCCUUGGAACAGCCAGGCAUACGGACGGAGGGUCCCCAACGCUUCGAGCUGCGCAAAGAAGUUGCCGACCUCCUUGGCCGAUCUCAAACGAGUUUCCCCGGCGCGCAACCUGUUAGCUUUGCCAAACAGCAUCUGGACGAGCUUACCAAGAAGGAUUAUUUCGUUUGCGAAAAGUCGGACGGAAUCCGCUACUUGCUCUACUCGACCGAGGAUCAGGGGAGAGAGGCGCAUUUCCUGAUCGAUCGAAAGAACGAUUACUGGUACAUCAACAACUCGAAUCUGCACUUGCCUCUUCCCGACAACCCCACAGGUUUUCACACUCAAACCAUUAUCGAUGGCGAAUUAGUAUGGGAUAAGCUGGAUGAUGGAAGCAAACGACCGACUUUCUACAUGUUCGACUGCUUGGUGAUGGAUGGCCUCAGAUUAAUGGACCGCACUUUGGACAAGCGCCUAGCGUACCUCAGGGAACGCCUCUGGAUCCCGUACGAGACGCUCUUCAAGAACUUUCCAGACGAGAUAGAGUUCCAGCCGUUUAUCCUCAAGUCGAAAGAAUUCCAGGUUGGUUACGGCUUGAAGAAUAUGUUCGAGAAAAUCCUCCCAAAUCUUCGACAUGAAAACGAUGGCCUGGUCUUCACAUGCCGGACCACUCCUUACAAAUAUGGCACAGAUCCCCACAUUCUGAAGUGGAAGCAGCCCGAGGAUAACACGGUGGACUUCCGGCUGAAACUUAAAUUUCACGAUGUCGAGCCUACGGAGGAGGAGCGGAGGGAAGGUCUCGGGUCGUGGACAGACUAUGACAGUUUGCCAAUAUCACAGUUGCUGGUAUACACGGGCCAUGAUGGUCCAGAAAAAUACGAGUACUUUGAAGAUGUGCACAUAACUGAAGAAGAGUGGGAAAGACUCAAGGCUCUGCAGAUUCCUCUCGACGACAUAAUCGUCGAAUGCUACCUGGAUCAGCAGCGCCGGUGGCGCAUCGUCAGGUCUAGGAUCGAUAAACCUGAGGCAAACCACAGUAGUACUGUUACUAGUGUCCUCAAGAGCAUCCAGGAUGGCGUCACAGAGCAGAAUCUUCUCCAAAAAGAAAAUGAUAUUCGACUUGCCUGGAAGGCGCGCCAACAAGGCGGGUCAAAAUGA